ACAAGCAAACCACCAACAAACAGCCAAAACAAGCAAACCACCAACAAACAGGCAAAACAAACAAACCACCAGCCAAAACAAGCAAACCACCAACAAACAGCCAAAACAAACAAACCACCAGCCAAAACAAGCAAACCACCAACAAACAGCCAAAACAAGCAAACCACCAACAAACAGGCAAAACAAACAAACCACCAGCCAAAACAAGCAAACCACCAACAAACAGCCAAAACAAGCAAACCACCAACAAACAGCCAAAACAAAGCCAACUGCCGACCAACACAAAGCAAACAGGUAACCAGCAGCUAAAGUGGAUCAUAAGAAUGUUACUGCAUCGAAAGUGAUUACAUAGAAAGCGAAAAACAUCAAAAUUUCCUGCUUCAAGCUUUAGCUAAAACAGAAACAACUUACCGGUACCUAUUGAUUUUAAUGAGAGCCUGCUAUUAAAUGAUACUUGGAAAUGGAAAAGCUAAUCUGAUGGAACAGCUUAGUCGAAGAUCCUUGUGCGAUUUUCAAAUUGCAAUUCCUUAGGGAUUACAAGUAUUCCGUUUUGAGCAUCUAUUGAUUUAAAGUUAGUUUCAUCCAUACCUUACAUUAUGUUAAAUUAAGACUUCAAACUAACUCCUGCAUUAUAAUCUUUGAAAUUCUUUCUUUGAAAAUAUGUGGUUAGCUUAAUGAAUCAGAUAGUCCUGUGUUACUAAAGAUCCAAGAAUCAUUAAUGAUGUAGAGGGUAAUUGAAGAUUGCAGUGAAAUACAGUAUUUUAUCUCUCAAGCGUUAUAGAAAAACAUAUUUUCUUGAGUGGUUAAGUCACGAGUGAAAAUAUUUUUUUUCUAUGAUCACAAGUGAAUUUAAAUUCAAGCUCACACUAAAAUCAACAACUUUUAGUGUCUUUUAACGUUUGUUUUCAGAUAUUUAUAGAUACCCGUAACCUUAAUUCAAUUUUAAAAUAGCCCUUUUCUACCUGGCAACCUGUGGUUGCCGCAAACUUAAACUGUCAUUCAUACACUGAGUUAUGGAAAAAUAGUUCUAAAAUGUUCAAGUGUUCUUGUUUUAGUUCAAAAUUCUAUAAACAUUUAUCAAUAAACUUAAUUUGUUUAAAAGCAUAUGUACAAAACAAAUAAAAUUGCACAACUCAUGAAUAAAACAUGAAUGAAAAUGUCCAAAUUACAUGGUAGAAAUUGUGAAUAAAAUAAUAGAAUGUGUGGACUAGCCAUGAAAGGGAAAAUAGCUCAUAAAAUAAACUGUUGAUGCCUCGCUAACUAAGAAGCGUCACACUGUUCUGCUUCAUUGUAAUGGCAGAUAAAUGACAAUAGUAGCAUUGAGUUCUAACACACUGUAUUGUAUCUUCUAAGUUAACUUGUGACUUGCGGCAGUUUUUAUUCACACAAACUAAAUACAGUAAUCAUCAUCAUCUGAUCCUGGGGAAUUAUAAGAACAUUAUUUAAUUAAGUUUAUAAGUAAGUUGUGACAGAAUUUCUUUCAUGCUGGUAAAUUUACUUGACUAUUAGAUGUAACAUCGAAAGGAUAAAUUUUUUAACCAGGUUUAUUAGAAUGGGGAUGUCGUUUGGUAAGCGGACAGGUGUCAUGUCAAACAUUGGUUUUUGCCCAAUAACUUUAGCUAGCUUUGAUGGAUUGUAAUGAGAAUUUGUGUGUAGGUAGCUUAUGUGAAGAGCUAGCUAGGGAUUGCAUUUUGGGAGGUGAUUGCUUGUACCUGAUGGAUGCAAAAGAGGUGAAAUCGGCUUUAAAGAAGGCAAGGGAGGCAAUUCGACAGAAAGAAUACAAUGAGGCUCUGGGAGUUUGCAAGGACAUCAUUGCCUCUGAUGGAUCUAACUACAUGGCCUUUGUGUUGACUGCUGUAGCCGCGGAGGGGCUUUCUCAAAACGACCAGGCUCUUGGCGCAUACAGAAGAGCAGUGCAGAUAGAUGAUACACAGAUUCUAGCCUGGCAGGGCUUGGGCACAUUUUAUGAAAAGAACUCCAUCCCAGCCUAUGCCUCAGACCAAUGUGAUGUCUACUUAAAGCUCAUUGAGUUCAAUAAAGGACAAGAGGACAAGAUAUAUGAGCUGACAGUGAAGCUUGUUAAACUGACGGAAUACGUGAAUGAUCCCGCCAAGAUACAAAAGAUCCUAAAACUAUCUGGAGAGUAUCUUGCUAGCCAUCCUAUGUACAGUGAUGAAGUCGAGACCGUUCUAACAUUCUUCUUCUCACAGACUCUCCAGAGGGAUGGUGAUAGCAUCUUCAAACUGGCCCAGACUUAUCUUCAAGUUUACCCAGGAUCCUCGGUUGUCCUCAAACAUUCCAUUCUAGGUUGCCUUGACAACAUGAUAGUUGAUGAGACAGUAGCCACUAGACUCCCAGACCUGGUAUCGAGGUAUGAAGCUGUGCUGGGUGGCUGUAACUGUGAUGUGAUGACAGUUGCAAAGGCGGCCAUAGCUUUUACGAGGAAGGAUUGUACUUCAGUGCGGAAAAUUCUCCAACAAUUGUCGAGUUCUGGUGGUCAGCUGGUUUGUGUUGUGUGUCUUCAAGCCAAAAUGGAAUUUGAACUUCACCAGUAUAUUUCUGCUAUCAGAACUUGCAAAACAGCCAUGGACCUUGUCAACAGAAAGGACGCAAUUCUCACUCAGCCGUGUGGUAGCAUACGUCAGGUCAUCAAUGUUCUAACUGUGCGAUCUCUAACACAAAUAGGCGACACUGCCUCACUUAACAGGGCUUUGGGCAUCAUAGAAAAGGAUCUAGAGCACAGUGAGUCCACACAACUCAUGAAAGGGCAGAUAUGCUUCAAACUGGGUGAUCUACAAACUGCAAGGUCAUGUUUAAUUGGAAACUCCACAGAAAAGCAAGACCUUGAGGGUCAGAUAUUCUUUGCAGAAAAGGACUUCAAAGCAGCAAAACAGAUGUUUGAGAGUUUGUUGGAACAGGAGACAGAUAACUCCUCGCACCUUGUGAACCUUGCCAAGUGUCUGUGGGAGACAGGGGAAGAUAACCAGCAGUGUUUCACCCUUCUGCUGAAGGCUGCAAAACUGGACCCCAACAACAGCAUGACCUUUCUGUAUCUAGGUCAUUACUACAUUCAAGUUGGGAAGGACAAAUUAAGGGCUCGCAAGUGUUACCAGAAGGCAUUUGACCUUGACCCCAGCUGUAGUGAAGCAGGGGAACCACUGUGUGACUUUCUUACUGAACAAGGAGAAGAGGACCAGGUCCACCCGAUCCUUGUCAAGUUCACGAGCAUGGCUCCACCUGGAAGCGGCAAGUGGGCGUGGCUAAGAUUGGGCCUGUGGCAGAUGAAGCAUGGCGACCCGUCUGUUGCCAUAGCAUCACUGCAGUCUGCUCUCAGGGCUGAUUCUAAAGACACUCAUGUAUGGGAAUGUCUAGGGGAGGCUUACCUGUUACGUGGCAGCUACACAGCGUCUCUGAAGGCCUUUACUCGGGCAGCCGAACUCAACCCAGCCUCCAUAUACUGUCUCUUCCAGAUAGCCUCAAUCAAGCAGACCCUGGGACAGUACCAAGAGGCCCUGGUGGAGUACAAGAUGAUCCUGGACCAGUCUGAUGACUAUGUACCUGCACUGAAAGGGCUGGGUGAGACAUUGGUGCAGAUAGGGCGUUCCUUACUCAACCAGUGUUUCUAUGGUCGUGCCAGGGACACUGCAGAACUGGCCGUUAAACAUCUGUACAGGGCUGGCAGACUGAGGCCUGAUGUGUCCUGCCUGUGGAAGCUGAUUGGGGACGCUUGUACAAUCAUACAUGUCCUGCCAGAAAAGGGCUUCAGGUUUGAGAGACCAGAAAAGGGCAAUAUGACCAAGUUGGAGACUCUAGAGUUUGGAAAUAUUUGCUACAUUCGGGCUUUGAAAAUUCUCCCAGACUGUUCUUCACUCUGGCAUGAUCUGGGUGUGAAUUACAUCCACCAAUCAGAUAGUAGCUCUGGUGAUACUGCAAUUUCAUUGGCUGAAAAGUCUGUCCAAUCGCUGAAGAAAGCCAUUCAACUGGAACCGACCAAUCACAAGCAUUGGAAUGCUCUAGGAUUUGUGGCCUGUAGGAAAGUGUACAACAAGUCUUCCCUGGCGCAACACUGCUUCAUCAAAUCUAUCAAGGUUGAGGCUAAUAAUGUCGUUGCAUGGACCAAUCUGGCAGCUUUGUAUCUUAAGAAGGAAAAUGUCAAGCUAGCUCAUGAGGCUUUCAAAGUGGCCCAGAGCCUUGAACCAUCGUAUGUGGCCUGCUGGGUGGGGCAGGCUAUUAUAGCUGAGGUUGUUGGACACGAGGAUGCUAUGGAUCUCUUUAGACACACCACAGAACUCUCCCACCAUGUUGAGGGAGCUAUAGGCUAUGGCCAGUGGGUGUGUUCUGUUCUGCUACAGUCAGAUAAAAAGGGGACUAGUAUGUACAUGUAUGCCAUUGAAGAAAUGGGAGCUGUACCUUCGGCUUCCGAUGCUCUGGCUAGAUAUACUGAGUGUAAUCAGACAAACCCAGUGGCCUACAACCUCCACGCUCUACUGUUGGAGAGACAGGGCCUGUAUAAAACUGCCAUCACACAGCUUAAUAGAGCGCUGUUGCUGUGCGAGUCCGGCCAGGAGAAUGCUGAGAUACUGAAGGACGUGCUGGCCAACUGCGCUCGCUGUUAUAGGAAGAAUGGUGACUAUCCCAUGGCCUGUCAACUAUACAAAAAGCUAGGAGAACAGUCAAGGGUAGAGGACCUGUACCAGUUUGGCCUAGCCCUGUACCAGGGUGGGGACUGCAAAGGAGCCAUUCAGGUGUACAGCCAGGCAGCUGAGCUAGCAACAACUGACAAAGAGAAGUCACAUAUUCUGGUAACCAUGGCAAUGGUGUACUACAAGAUGAAUGACCUUAAUCAGACUAAAACAAUACUUUUUCAAAGUUCUCAGAGUUCUGAAGCAUCUCCUGCUGGUCUGAAGGCCCUCUGUGCCCUUGGUCUGCUCCAGUCCGACAUCACCUUGGCAACUGCUGCUGUACAGGAGCUCUCCAAACUGGGAGGGGAGAAUAGUCACCUGUAUGACUUCACUCUGCUGCAAUGCAUUUUGAAUCUUGCUCAGGACGAGACAGACACAGCAUUGGCUCUGGUCCAAGCUAGCCUGGAAGACAGCACCACACAAGGUGACUGCUGGUAUCUUCUGACACUUCUACUGCUCAUGUUUUACCCCAGUAAAUCAGGCAUUGCAACCCAGGCUGCUAGAAACGUUCUACUUCAUGGACACACGGUGCAUAAUAAGAAAGAGCAGUUGCUAGUGCCAGUUGCUGACAUCAAACAUGGUUACCAUGGCAAUAAGACCAGCUGUAGAAACGCCUUCCUCAGUGCACAGAGGGCUGUACAUCUUUACCCUGACAAGAAGGAAGGCUGGUUGACUCUUACCUCGGCCGUCGGUGUUGAAGCGGCCAGUGCAAUGGAUGAUGAGAGGCGAAGAUCCCUGAUGACAUUCCGGUACAACAUGCUGGUCAACGUGGCUCAACUAGACCUAGAUCCUGUGUUUUGUCUCUGGUGUUUACAACAGAGGGUGGCAUGUGCUGCCUUGGCGGGUCUACACAAGGAAGUCAUGGACGACCUGGAUAAGUUGAUGACCGACUAUGGAGAGGAGAAGGAAGCCACAGACUUCUUCAACCUUAUGAGGAAAUAUCUAGCAGAAAACCCAUGAUGGAUGUUACGAUAUUAACUGUCUGUUCUGACAAAACAAAACAUUCAUAAUUUCUAAGAAUACUGAUUCGGAAGUCAUCAUUCGUCAGAAAAUACUAGAGUUCUUAAGAUGAACUUUGUGAUGCAAUAUGUAAAAUGGACCAACAAAUAAAGAGAAUCAA